CUCAUUUGAUACAUUCUCUAGUACUGAUUUUUGUUUGUAUCUUGUUUUGGGGCAAAAACAGGAUGGUAGAAUUUAAAAGAAAGAGAGACAUAGAUAUAGAAAGAGAGAGUGCGAUGUGCACGCGCAGCAGAGGUGUGGAUAUCAUUGUAGUAGAGAGAUAGGGAGUUAAAUUAUUUUCAUUCUCUUUCUUUCUUAUCUUUCUUGUUAAGGCUGCUUUAAGCUGAUGAUGAUGAGAAGGUCUUGUACAGUAUAUAUAUUAAUGAAAGAAAGAAAGAAAGAAAGAAAGAGUAAACAUGAAACAAAUAACAACAUCUCAUCAAGUUCAGAGCAAAAAAACUCAAAAAAGUAAAUAAGGGUUUGUGGGUGUCACCUGAUGAACUGAGCUGUGUGUUGUGUUUAUUAUUCUCCCUCUCUCCCUCCCUCUCUUUCUCUCUGUCUCUCAAUAGCUUUUGAAUAAAGUGCUCUCUCUGUGUUUACUCUCUCACACUCACACACAGAGAUAGAGAGAGAUUCUUAGUGCGUGCUUGUGGUUCUAAUUAGAAUUUUAAUUCUUUUUUCUUUUUUUUUGGGAUUUUCACGAGCUGCUUUAAUUUAAAGAAAUCAUCAUCACCAUCAUCAUAUCAUGGAGCAGUACUCUGGAAAUCUCCAUCAUCAUCAUCAGCAUCAUCAUCAUCACCAGCUCCAAGAACAACUCAAUAUUGUUGGAUCUUCUUCUUCUUCUUCAACUUCCUCUUUAUCACCACCACCACCACCACCUUUUUAUCAACUACUUGGAAUCAACAAUUCAUCAUCAACUUGGAACCAAAAUCUCAUUUUGAAUAAUGGUGGUAAUUACUUCAACCAAAAUAGUAAUGUCAAUGGUAUCACAGGCUCACCAAGAGAUGAAGUUAUAAGUAGGCAAAGUAAGAACAAUAAUGAUGAUGACAUUCAUCAUUUUGUUCCACCUUCUCUAAACACUUCAACCAUUCAUCAUCAAAAUCAAGACUUGAGUAAUUUUCAUGGCCGAGGCUUCAUCGACGUCAAUGAUCAGUCACUUCAUGAGCUUCACCUUGCAAAAAUCAAGAAAGAGCUACUCUUAUCAUCAUCAUCAUCAUUAGAUUCUCAUCACGCAUCCAAACUAUUCAGUAAUGAAGCAAUUAUGAAUAAUACUUUCUCGAAAAACUACUUCAAAAAUGAGAAUCAACUACAAGAUUUCUACGAAGAAGAUCAUCUUGGAGAUCUCUACAACAAUAACCCAGAGACUUUUACUGGUUUUGGAAAUUCUUUUAAUCCAUUAAGUAGAGUGCACAGUAAUAAUUUCUGCCAGAUGAUGGUAUUGCCAAGUACCACCAUUUCCAAUGCCGACUCAAAUCCGCAGUCCUUUACGAGUACUACUACAAAUACUUCUCCAUUAGGUCUGAGUAGUUUUCAAGCUUUGGAUCUCUUGAGUUCAUCAUCGACAAAGAAUAUUAGUGGAGGUUUUGAUCCUGACCAGACUAAUUCACUGUUUAAAGAUAGAAGCUUAUCACUUAAUCUCUAUAACAAUGAUAUGAAUCCCGGAGUAAUCAACAACAACUGGCCAAGCACAAACAAUCCUAGCAAAGUAAAUUCUUUAAUCAAUGGAGUAACAGAUGCUGCAAAGAGACCAAGACCACCAGGUAGUAGUGGCAAUCCGAAGAAAACGCCUCAGACAACACCAGUUAAGAAGCCUCGUACGGAGUCUCGAUCUUCUAUUCCACCCCUUAAGGUAAGAAAGGAGAAAUUGGGAGAUAGAAUUGCAAAUCUUCAACAGUUGGUGGCUCCUUUUGGCAAGACUGACACAGCUUCUGUACUAAUGGAAGCCAUUGGGUACAUCAAAUUCCUACAAGAACAAGUCGAGACGUUAAGCGUGCCUUACAUGAAGUCCGGUCGCAAUAACAAUGCUAUGCGUCCAAAAUUCCAACAGGGUAUGAGUAAUGCUAGAGGUGGUGAAGUUGACACGAAUGAACCCAAACGAGAUCUAAGGAGUCGGGGGCUUUGCUUAGUGCCGUUGUCAUGCACGUCGUACAUUAUAACGGACGAUAAUAGCUUAAGUCAUGUUAACUGGUCGACAUCGGGACUACCUCACUUUGGCGGAGGCUCUAUUUGAUCAAUGUGUGUAUAUAUACAUCUAGGAGGAUAGGAGCGGUAACAUGUACAAUAAUUUUGUUAAUUAGUUUGUUGUUUAAUUAGUUUCAUUUAUGAACUGAGAGCAUAGUUAUAUAUGCCCUCACUAAAAAGUUAAGUGGUGCAAGUAUUGUAAGAUGAUGAUGACGAUCGGGUACGUAGCUGAUGAAGGGGUCGUAUAUUGUAUGUAUUGACGGAGCAAAUUUGGUCAUCUUGUAAAAAGUUUCAAGCUAGACCAAGUUUGGUCCAUUAAUCAGCAGUUAAUGGAUGAAUAAAUGGAACAUUAGCAUUAUA